AUGGAGUCGUCUUCAAGCAGUGCAGAGGAGGCUAUCGAUACAAUAACAGGACCUGAGAUGCACGAUGAGCAUCAUCAUAAUGAGCCAGCGACGGAUCAGGAGAAUGCUGCCGGCACUUCCAUUCCCAUCUCUUCCAUUUAUUACGUUCAAGAAUCCUUCAAGGCGACGGCUGUUCCUGUUACCAUCACAAUGAUAUUGAGUGCACUGGCUUCCAACUUUAUACGCACAGAAGAAUCCGCUGAAGCACGAGAAGAAACGCUGACAAGUUCCUACUCUGCCAUUACCGUCAGCGAGGAUGCAAGCUCUGGCGAACAAAUUGGCAUUGGCCUAGUCAACGGUCUUGUCAUUAUUGCAGCCAUCACGGCCAUGACAUUUUUCGUCGUCCUGCUUUACAAGUACCGAUGCAUGUGUUUUUUGAAGGGAUAUCUGGUUGUUUCUAUCACGUUUCUUCUGGGAUACUUUGGUGCUGUUUUGUUCCACGAGGCAAUCAAACGCUACAAUCUGUUGGUGACAAAGAUCUCUUUUGUUCUGCUCAUCUACAACUUCACGGUUGUGGGCGUCUACGCAUUAUUCUUUGGCCACGGCGUCCCGCCAUAUGUGGGUCAGGGCUACCUCAUUGCCAUUUCGGUCAUUUUAGCGUGGGAGCUUGCCCACUUUAGUGAGGUGACAGCUUGGGUAUUGCUGGUACUGUUGGCGUUGUAUGAUUUGUAUGCUGUUCUGACACCAUGUGGGCCUUUGAAAGCAUUGGUCAACUUGAUGGGUCAAGAUAAUGCCCCCAAAAUUCCAGGAUUGCUCUACGAAGCACAGCUGCCAUCCCGGGCAAGACGACAACCAGCGACAAAUCGAGGACAGCCAAGUGCAGCUGCUGGGCCUUCGACGUCCCAGAAUCAACAACAACACGAGCCUAAAAUGACAAGCAGUGAGCAGCAAAUGCACACAGAGCAGCAUGCGUCCGAGGAGACGGCAGGACGCGUCUCUCCUGACCUUCCAGUAGUCUCGCAGAGCCCCCGAGAGACAGUCAUGAGUGGCACCCAAGAAGGCGAAUUCGAAAUGGUCCCUCGGCCUACGGGGGCCAUCCCUCUGGCUAUGGCCAAGCUGUACAAGAUCCCAUUGGUUGAUGGUACAGUAGAUGGCGAUCAUUCAGUGGAAGAACUGAAGUCCUUGGUAACGGUAUACUACCCAAGUCAUGGUGGUCACAUGGAGCCUUUGCCAUCACCUCCCCCCGUCGAGGCCAUUACCCGCUCACGAUUUGGAUUGAGACGCCGUAACCGGAGGGAAAUGGAGCCAGCUCCAUCACCACCAACCAAAUACAACGUGGUGGACCGUGAUGGUGUAAUCAAACGAACAAUUUUCGUUGGAGACGAUGGAAAAGUGUACCGAGUACUUGACGAGGAAGAACAGGAGGAACAAGAAGAUCGAUCAACACCCAGCACUGUCAAAUUGGGACUUGGCGAUUUCAUCUUUUAUUCAGUCCUCGUUUCAAAGGCAUCGCUAUACAGCUUUACAACCUUUGCCGCUUGUGUAGUAGGCAUUCUAACGGGCCUACUGUUAACCCUCGUGCUACUGGCAAUUCGAGGCAAGGCACUUCCCGCUCUUCCUAUUAGCAUCUUCUUCGGCGUCCUUUUCUAUCUUCCCACAAGAUUUGUUCUCGAGCCAUGGAUCCACAACAUGUAUUGGUUUGAGUUCUAUGUCUAA